AUGGAAGGCCCUAUACCUUUGACAGCCCGUGAGGCUGCAUCUGGUCUCUUAGGAUCAGUCUCUAUGACCUGCUGGUUUUUUCUUUUGGUACCUCAACUAAUUGAGAACUAUCGCAAUGGCAACUCAGAAGCCAUAUCUCUUCUCUUCGUCUUUGUCUGGUUUAUCGGCGAUGUCGCAAACCUCGCCGGCGGUCUACUAUCUGGGCUCGUGCCCGUGAUCGUUGCGAUCGCGGCAUACUUCUGCAUCGCAGACGGCGUGCUGAUCGCGCAGUGCGUGUAUUAUAAAGUGCGCAAUUUGCGCCCUGAGCCUUCCCACCGCCGACGCUCGUCCACAGAGACCCCGGACCCGACUACCCCAUUGCUGGGGCGGCGAUUCAGUGACUCUCUCGCAUCUUCCCAGUCGCGGCGCCGGUCGUCGGGCUCACUGCGCCGUUAUCACGCUGGCGGCCGGCGUGAGAGCGAGGUGGAGGCUACCCUGGCAAAAAUUGUCGAGGAGAAUGAUUAUGGUCGUAAGGCGUGGGUUAAGAAUUUUGCUAGUGUGGUUGGGAUUUUCCUCAUUGGUAUGACGGGUUGGACCAUAGCUUGGCAGACGGGGAUGUGGGUGCCGGCACCGUUGGAGAAUAACAAUGGCUCUGAGCAGGCUAUUGGGGGGCUGGUGCUGGGGUAUUUUAGUGCUGUUUGCUAUCUGGGUGCAAGAUUGCCUCAAAUCUACAAAAACUACAGCGAGAAGUCUUGCGAAGGUAUUUUUUACUUCCGUUGCACAUGCGAGGCCGGUUCUGACAUUUACUUAGGAUUGUCGCUCUUGUUCUUUAUUCUCUCUCUUCUAGGAAACUUGACUUACGGUGCAGGGAUUCUUUGCCAUUCUACAGAGAAAGAAUAUUUCCUCACCAAUCUUCCAUGGUUGAUUGGAUCGCUGGGAACUAUGGUCGAGGACGCGGUCAUCUUCUUCCAAUUCCGGAUCUACGCUAUUCAAGACCCUCGUAUCUCCGCGGUCUCCUAA